AUGAAAAUAAGUAAAAUAUUUAUCUUUUCAUUUGUAUUUUUGUUAUAUAAAAAUAACAAUAUUGCACAGUGUGAAGGAUAUGGUGAUAUAGCUGCAACAAGCGCGAUACAAACUAUUGUUAAGGAACCUAUAUCAUUAACAAUAAAAGAUUUGUAUGAUCACGCAGUAAAAGAUCCUGUAACAAGACUUAUAAAUAAAAUUAAGAAAGUAUUACGUUAUAGAAAAGUUUUGAGAUGGUCUCGUAUAUGGUGGAUAUUGUUAGUUAGAGAAAUUGUAGGAGAUAAUAGUAUUGAAAAAAGAACAGAAAAAGAAUUAAGAGAAAUAUGGGAUCAAUGUACUAUUGCUGUAUUUAACAAUACUUUAAAUACAGUUGAAACUAAACCAUUGUUAUUUUUACAUGGUAUAUUAAAUGAAUGUAAAAGUAAUUUUUCAACAAAAUUAAGACAAGAUCCAAGUUUAAUUGUAGCAAAAAUGGAUCAAAUAAUAAAGUCCGGUAUAUAUAGAUUUUGGGUUUCAGAUGCUUAUUUGAAAAUAGGAAGAUCAGGAAUUUUUUAUAAAAAUAUCACACCAAAAUUAGUUCCAGCAUUACCUAAAGAACAUACUCUUAAAUAUUUGUCUGCAUAUAUGGUAGAUAAAUUAAAAUCAUUAGAAUCUAAGAAGAAUAUAGAAUCAGGAAAAUAUGAAAUUGAUAUAGGCCCUGACCAAGAAGAUAAGAAAGAUGAAGCUACUGAAAAGGAAGAUGAUUUAGAUCAAACUGUUGAGCCUGAUGAAACAACCAAUGAAGAUGAUAAUGAUGAAACAUUUAAUGAAGAUGAUAUUAAUGAUGAAACAACUAAUGAAGAUAGUUCUAGCAGUGAUCUAAUAAGCGAAGAUGGUUUUGACGAUGAUUUAAUUGAUGGGGAUAAUGUCGAAGAAGGAUUAAUUGAUGAAUAUAAUGUUGAUGAAUUAGAUGAAAAUGAAAUUGAUGGUAUACUUGAAGGUAUAGAUGAUGAAGACAAUGAUGGUGAAACCAGUUAA